UUCUCGUACUUUGUCUACUCUUUCCUCCUAUUACAAUCUCAUACACUUCACUUCUUGUUCUUCUUUUCACCAUGGAUCCUCUUCCCACGCCACUUACAGUGAAAGCCAAUGACUCAAAACAAAGAAUCAACGCAAAUGUUAAGCAAGCAUCAACCAAAAUCGCAACCAAUGAAUCCCAAAUUCAAUCUAGACAAAACCGGGUUUUUGGAACCGCUAGGAACACAAACAUUAUGGGAAAACCGGUUUGGGACAAGUGUACUACUACUACUACUACUACCAAACCAAAAAUCUGUGUUCCAAAAAAACAAGCACCAAAAUCUUCAUCAUCAGUUAGUAGUACCAACCCUGCUGAGAAUGUUAAUAAUAGUCCGAGAUUAUUGAAUGAUGCUGGUGAACCGAAAACACCUCAUGUUAGGACCAACCACAAGGGUAGUAAGCCUCCGGCGACGCCGUUUUACACGGCGGCGCAUUGCAGCAAGUGCCGGUUUGAUAAGUUGGAGACAUCUUCUUAUUGGAUUGGCCAAAUCAAGUUGGCAGAGUCCGUCGGGAAGCACUUCGUCGCCGCCGAUUUCUUCCGCCUUGCAUCGGAAUCUAUGGCGGAGCCAAUUAGGAAUCUUAGGAUGGAACUUAAAAGAUACUUGCUAAGGCAUGAGUAUCUAUCGGAGCAAAAGAUAUGGAAAGAAGUUAGAGUUAAAUAUGGACUAUUGAAGAUUGAAAGCAACAACAAUGAUGCCUCUCAAAUAAUGGAUUCAUCUAGCAAUGAUCAAAACAAAAUGGAGGAAAAACUAAGCUAAUUUGUAUACAUGUAAUUAGUUUGUUCUAAGUUUAAUUUAGAACUUGUUUCAAGUUUGUACUUUGUAUCUUGUGUUUCAAUUUCUAUACUAUCAUACUAUCAUAAGUUUAUAACAUAGCUAGUGUUUUAUUGUAAUUUGGCUCAAACAUGUAUGGAAAAAAAAAUAAAAAAUAGUUGAAAGUUGGGGCAUUCCGAGAAUUGAACUCGGGACCUCUCG